GAGAAGGAGAGAGAGAGAGAGAGAGAGAGAGAGAGAGAGAGAGAGAGAUGGAAGGUAGAGAGAGACUAACCCUAACGCCAUGUCCGAGCUUCCGAGAGCUCGAGGUCGACGGCGACGACGAUGGAGCCGUCCAUCACGAGUCCCCUCCGCGGAUCUCCGCCGUGCACCGCCCCGACGAGGAGGAAGCGGCGGCGGCGCCGGGGGGGGCGGCGGCGGAGCGGCGGAUCGGCGAUGGCGGCGACACGAGCGACGACGACGACGACUCGGAGUUCUCGUUCGUGCUGCGGGGGCCCGAAACUGGCCCCGGGAUCACCGCCGACGAGAUCUUCUCCGGCGGCCCCGUCUACCCCGUCUUCGGCCGCCAACUCCUCGCCGCCGACCCGGCGGCGCCGCCGCGGAGGUCGCCGCUCCGGAAGCUGUUGAGCGAGGAGCGGAACGCGUCUUCGGCGUCGUCGUCGUCGUCGUCGUCGUCGGUGGGGGACGAGCUCGACGGGAUCCCGCCGGAGACGUACUGCGCGUGGGCGCCGUCGUCGGCGAGGUGCCGGAAGAGCGGGUCCACGGGGUCGCUGAUGCGGUGGCGGGUGCUCAGCGACCUCGUCGUGGGGCGGAGCCACAGCGACGGGAGGGAGAAGUUCGUGUUCCUCGCGGCCGAGGAGGAGAAUAAGAAGAAGAAGAAGCCGCCGAUCCCAAACCCUAACCCUAACACUAACCCUAGCCGCGGAAAGGAGGAGGGCAAGGAGAAGGAGGAGGAGCGGAGCGCGAAGGGGAAAGGUAAGAAGAGCGACGGCGGUAAGGUUACCGAGUCGGAUACGGUCACCGCUCGUAGGGUUUACUACGGGAAGGGGUCGAACAGUAGUGGAGGUCGAAGAUCAUUCCUUCCGUACAAGCAGGACCUGCUAGGGUUCUUCGCCAACGUGAAUGGGGAAAUAAACGAUAUUGCUUUUUCAUCGCACACAAAACUGAUGUUACCGCAGGUGUUAAAGAGGGUAUUGGCCCGAUCGCGUCCCGGUCCGGGUGAAAACGCACCUGGACCGAGCACGAGGUAUCUCUUUGGGAUCCAAACCUUGGCCCAUAUAUAAGCUUUGUUCAUUUUGUGUUUUUCCAGCCUAUGUCAACUUUGUUAAGCAUCAAAUUAGCUGUGUAAUUAUAAUUAUUAUUUUCUUCUUUGACAAACAAUUUUUUUUUUUUUUGGGUCCACAAUCCUGAUAUAUUAAUUUCUCCUUCCCCGGCCCUCCUUGUUUUUACCUAAUAAGGAAACAAAUGCAUCAGAUGCCCAAGUACUUCACCAUAUAAUCUUCAAACCAAGUUCAAUGUCGCUGAUUGAAACUAAUAAUUAAUUCUUUUACUUAUUUUUAAUAAUGUUUUUUAAAGUUAA